AUUUGUCCCCGGAGGGAGUGAUUUUUGACACUGCUGGAGUGGACCCUCUUCUGCUGGUGCACUCUGAAAAUGGUGAUGACACAAGCGCAAUACAAUAGCAGAACUGCUGAGCUCAUGGAAACUGAUCUGAAUCAAGCAUGAGGAGCAGCGCUUUGCUUUUUCCUUAAAUAAAAUAGAAACCAAGCUGCAAUGCCUUGCAAACCACAGUCACCCGCACGAGCAACUUCUGUGCUGCUCCACAGGGUUCCACCAUCUUCUCACCAGACGCUGCCAUGGACUGUUCGCGGCUCGGCCCCAAGAUGCUGGUAUAGCACCAGGCAGCUGCAAUCCAGAGGGCCUGCGGCAGGACAUCGUUUCUAGCUGGGGUGUCCUUCAUCUCCCCUCUCUCAGCGGAAGCGAUGGAUGCCCACGUGGAUCUCCUGACAGAGCUUCAGCUGCUGGAUAAGGUGCCCACCUUGGAGAGGCUGCGGGCAGCCCAGAAGCGGAGAGCCCAGCAGCUGAAGAAGUGGGCGCAGUAUGAGAAGGAGAUGCAGCACAAGAAGCGCAAGCAUGAGAAGAAGAGAAGCGCCGUUAACCGAAAGAAAGUAUCUUUUGAAGCCAGCGUUGCUCUGCUGGAGGCUUCUCUGAGAAAUGACUUGGAGGAAGUGUGUUACCUGCUGAAGAGCAACAUCAGCCCGGACCUGUGCAAUGAAGAUGGGUUAACUGCACUGCAUCAGUGCUGCAUAGACAACUAUGAAGAGAUAGUAAAACUUCUYCUCAACCAUGGGGCCAAUGUCAACGCCAAGGAUAACGAGCUGUGGACUCCGUUGCAUGCAGCAGCUACAUGUGGUCACAUCAACCUGGUGAAGAUCCUCAUCCAGCAUGGAGCGGACUUAUUGGCAGUGAAUGCGGAUGGCAACAUGCCAUAUGACCUCUGUGAAGAUGAGCCAACCCUGGAUGUCAUUGAGACCUGCAUGGCAUAUCAAGGAAUUACGCAGGAAAAGAUCAACGAGAUGCGGGCCGCCCCGGAGCAGGUCAUGAUCUGUGACAUCCAUGACAUACUGGCCACUGGGCAGGACCUGAACAGGACUGAUGCCCAAGGUGCUACGCUGCUCCAUAUAGCUGCAGCCAAUGGUUACCUGCAUGCAGCUGAAGUCCUCCUUGACCAAGGGGCAAGCCUGGACGUGAAGGACUGGGACGGCUGGGAACCUCUCCAUGCUGCUGCUUUUUGGGGCCAGAUGCAAAUGGCAGAGUUGCUUGUAUCGCAUGGGGCCAGCUUGAGUGCCAGGACAUCUAUGGAUGAGAUGCCAAUAGAUCUGUGCGAAGAAGAGGAGUUCAAGGUGUUACUUCUGGAGCUGAAACACAAGCAUGACGUGAUCAUGAAAUCCCAGCUGAGGCACAAAUCCUCCCUGAGCCGAAGGACCUCCAGCACCGGCAGUCGGGGGAAGGUGGUGCGGAGGGCCAGCCUUUCGGACCGAACAAACCUCUACAGGAAGGAGUGCGAGAAAGAGGCCAUCGUCUGGCAGCAGAUGGAGGCAGCCGAAGAGCAGAGAAACUCAGGCCUCGUCGGAGAAAUGGGGGAGACUCGGUCCGACCAGGAGAACACGGACCCCAACUCAGUGCUGGACAACUCCUCCCUGCUUCCGGAGCUGGCAAACAAAAGYACCCAGUGCGAUGCAGAAAUCCCCCUCCAGAAUGGACUCAGGGCUUCYGCCAGCACCUACCCCUACACCUUUUCCAACGGGGACGUUUGGAACAUGGAGGUUGAGCCCGAGGGCAACCCGGGCCACAUGCUGCCCUACGGCGCGCCGGGGCUGCCCGACCCGCAGCAGCUCUGGGGCGCCUACAAGGAGCACGGCCCCCAAACGCUCUCGGAACUGAAGCGGCAACGGGCUGCAGCCAAGCUCCUCAACCACCCCUUCCUCAGCACCCACUUCGGCAGCGGCGCGGGAGGCGUCGCCGAGCACGGCGGCGAGGCCAAGUCGCACCUGAUGGCGUCCAGGACUUCCCCCUACAGCACCAACGGCACCUCCGUGUAUUACACGGUGUCCAGCGGUGACCCGCCCCUCUUGAAAUUCAAAGCUCCCAUGGAGGAGAUGGAAGAGAAGGUGCACGGGUGCUGCCGGAUUUCCUAGUCUCGCCCUGUCCCUCGCGCCCGAGGAAAGCCAGCGUGGGCGGGCUGCUCGGCUCCACCGCAGAGGCYGCGUUGUUUGCACUCCAAGGGCAGAAUUUGGGUACACACAUCCUGGCUGCAGCAGCCUUGCCCGUUUUGAACUGUACUUUGCCCUAGCAGUUACUUCCAUUGCUGGUGAAUGAGUGUUGCAGGUGGAGCAGGGCUCGUGGGAGAGCAGCGGGUGCCCUAUCAGUGCCCUAGUGCUGCUCCCUGGGGAGGAAGGUUGGGCACCCUGCUUCCCGAUCCCUGCAAACUCCUCAGGUGGCUUCGGCAGAAGAGACGACCUCAAGGAAAAUCCCUGCAGCUUCUUGCUGCAAGCCAACAAGCUUCUGGAAGGUGCCACUUCAGCCCCGAAUUCUCUCCUGGGUGCAAUGCAGGUGGCCCUGGAAGGCAGCUCAGCCCCCACGCAGGGUCUGCAAGAGCAGCCUGAGC